UUUGCCGGGAACACGACUGUGCCAAAGCUACUGUCGAAGCUGAGAAAGAAGCUAUCGGGGGAAAUAUAUUUUUCCUGAUUAUUUAGCCGCCGUGUCUCGGGUUUUAUCGGACCAGGCAAAAUGGACGAAUACGAUGAACUGUUCGAGGUACACGACGACUUCGAGGAGCAGUUUGCCGACGAGCUGGAGGUGCUGGCUGAGAUGGAGGACGAAACUUGCAAGCCGGGGAAACGCCACAGUCAGGGUCCAGGAGACGACAUCUCGGAUAUAGAGCACCUGCUGGACAAUCAGCCCAUCACUCCAAAGGCAAAGCGACAGAAGCAGGACGUUGGUGUGGUCAAGCGACUGUUCAACGCAGCACAAGUUCAAGAGAGCAAAGUCCCUUCACUGAGUGAUGACAUCACACCGCCAUCCUCUCCAGAGCACUAUGAGCCCUCUCACGCCAUCAGCUCUACCCCUGCUGUGCUGGAUAUCAGCGGCUUUGCUGAGAUUCCACUGACUCCACAGCGACCUCCCACAGCGGCGCCGGCAUCCCUGCGUGUGCUGAAGCGACCUCCUUUAGAGGGAGACUACAUCAGUGUGACGGACUCGUCUGGGAAUCGGGUCUACCUCCGACAGAAAGAGAACGCAGAGACAAAGACAGCAGACUCCAGAAUAGUACCAAACUCCCAGGGUGGACUGGGGCUGCUGGCAGUGCCGAUAGGACUGCUGAGAGAGCAAGAAGCAGACAGGCGCCACCAACAGGUUGUGGAGGAAUCGCAGCGUCUUACAGAGCUGUUAGCCAGCAGUGUAAACGACGCGUUAGUUGAGUCUGAAAACCCAGAAGAUGAAGAAAACGAGGAUCCAGAGGACACAGAGGGCCGAGCAUCUCGGCUGUGGGUGGACAGAUUUUCACCGCGUCACUACACAGAGCUGCUCAGCGACGAUUUCACCAACCGUUGUCUGCUCAAGUGGCUGAAGCUGUGGGACACCGUAGUGUUUGGAAGAGAGAGGAAGUCCCGCCCUGCCCGAUCCGACAGACAGGCUGCCAAUCAGAACGCAUUUAAACCCAAUCAAGGAAAUCAGAAUCAAAAUCGCUUCAAGAGCAAGAUUGAGGUGACCGAGGAGCUGCUGGAGGCAGAACUGGACCAGUACAAACGACCCAAAUUUAAGGUGGCGUUGCUAUCCGGUCCUCCAGGUUUGGGGAAGACCACCCUGGCUCAUGUCAUUGCAAAGCAUGCUGGGUACAACGUGGUUGAAAUCAAUGCCAGUGACGAUCGCAGCGCCGAGGUGUUCCAGAAACGCAUCGACACAGCGACACAGAUGAAGUCCGUUUUGGGAGCCAAUGAGAGGCCGAACUGCCUCAUUAUCGAUGAGAUUGACGGAGCACCUGCGGCCGCCAUCAACAUACUGCUGGCAGUUCUGAACAGGAAAGACGGACACGGGGGUGAGGCUGGCGCGGAGACGGCGAAGAAGAAGAAGAAGAGGGAGUCCAUCUUACUGCGACCAAUCAUCUGCAUCUGUAACGACCUUUAUGUCCCAGCUCUCCGGCCUCUCAGGCAGCAGGCUUUCCUCCUGGCUUUCCCACAGACUCAGCCUUCCCGCCUGGCACAGAGACUGGCAGAGAUCUCACUCCGCCAGGGGCUGAAGGCAGACACGGGCACCCUGAUGUCACUGUGCGAGAAGACCGACAACGACAUCCGGUCCUGCAUCAACACGCUGCAGUUCCUUCAUAGUCGUGGCGUCAAGCAGCUGGACAGCAAGACGAUUCAGAGCAUCUCUGUGGGGCAGAAGGACCAGAACAAAGGCUUGUUCCAUCUAUGGCAGGAAAUCUUCCAGUUACCACGUACAAAACGGAAACGUGUCGGUGAGGGGUUUGAGGACGGACCGGGUUCGGGAAGUGGAGCUCACAGGUUCCAGCACAUCUUGCAUCUGGCUUCGUCUAGUGGAGAAUAUGAAAAGGUUUCUCAGGGUCUGUAUGAUAAUUAUCUGUCCAUGCGUGUGAGGGACCCAAACCUCCAGAGCGCGUGCGAGGCGCUGGAUUGGCUGGCCUUCUCAGACAAGCUGAGCCACGUGAUUCUGCACGGGCAGAACUUCUCUCUGAUGAAAUACCUGCCCUUCCUUUCCAUCACAUUUCACUUCCUGUUUGCCCACACGAACGUGCCCCGCAUCAGCUAUCCCCACAGCCAGCACGAGGCCUCCUCCCGGCUCCUCAGCUGCAAGAACGCUCUGUCCACCAUGUUGGCCGACACCCCAGCAAGCAUCAGAGCGAGGAUCAGUCAGCUCAGCCUGACCCUCGAUAUCCUCACCUUGCUUCUCGACAUCAUCUGUCCCAAACUACGGCCCGUGAAUCCACAGCUGUUCAGCAGCAGAGAGAAGGAGCAGAUGCGUGAGCUGAUCGACACCAUGCUGGCAUACAAUCUCUCUUACAGGCAGGACCGCACUCCAGAGGGACAGUACACCUACGUGCUGGAGCCGAUGCCGGCGCCUGCUGCAGUUAGAAUGGGAUAACCAGCUUGUUACCUCAGCCAUGCCGGCCCGUGUGGAGGAGCAGCGGGACGCCCAGGACGGCUCCUUUCUACAGGCUCGCUGUGACGAAGUGCUGGUCACCAGCGACUGGGGCCUGCCUCUAGUGCUGGCUCUGCUGCUGCUGCUGCUGAUCUACACCUUUCUGUACCUGCCCUCUCAAGCGCACCACAACUCCACUCUCUGAUAUCUCACGCAUAAAAGGCACAGAGUGCAGCCGUGGAUCUAAACAUUUAACAUCACAAACAGCGGAUGCGCUCAGGCAGGACAAGAUUAUUUGAUUGGACUGCUCUCUUUUUGGCCGCAGUUGGUGAUUGGUCAUGUCGGACGCUGUGAGCAGGAGGAGAUGUGCAGGGAAGAAGAGUGGGAAAGAUGAGGAGAGGUCAUUUAAAAUAAACCCUAGAACUGAUGUCUGCUUUCAUGCAGAAGACUGUGUGUCCUUAUAAAUCCCUAAUAUGUCCUAAUACGGUUAAAAAUGAAUUUAAAAGUAACCUGCGGCUAGAUUUUAGUAAUAUGAAGUUUAACCAGUGUUGUUCAUUUUUAUUGUUUGUUACAGAACUGCUGUUGAAUUGUGUGGAUUCAGAUGUUAAAGAUGAUAUCUGCACAUGUAGAUGCU